AUGUCGCAAUCUGCAGUAUCAGCUGGACAUGAAUCUCCAUUGUCCGACAACCGUAGAAAACGCAACCAUCAGAAAGAUGAGAAUAACUCGCCGCAAAAUGUGGACUUUCCAACUCAAGACACUCCACAGAAUGCUCCAGAGAGUAAACGCUCAAAGAAAUUCUUUGGUGCGCUUGGGAGAUCAAGGAAAUCAUCUGGUAGCCACAAGCGUACGCUUUCCAGCAGUACAAAAUCCUCACAACCUCUGACGACGACUAACGACAAUGACAAGUCACGCCAAUCGACCCAUUCUAUUAGCAAUACUGACCAGGACUCUUCUAUUCUUCCUCAAUCUUCAACUUCCCCUUCUAUUACUACCGCUCCAACUACCGCUCCUUCACAUACACGUUCGAGAACUGUUUCAUCCACUUACCCACCUUCUAAAAUCCACGCUGAACCUACACGCACUUCUUCUAACUCUCAUGGAAUCGGUGGAAAAUUUCAGGCUUUAAGAAAGAAAAUCGAAACUGAGCUCGGAAAAAAGCGUCCAGGAAGCUCAAACCCACGCAGAGACCACCACGGUCGUGAUAGAAAGCGUAACAAUAAGCAACCUGGCACCGUCGCUAGUUUGAGACCAUCACCGGCUUUGACAGUUCCAGACAGUAUGACAGUCGCAGAUGCUUCACAGCUCUGUGCAGCUAAGCGUACUGACUGUGUUCUUGUCGUUGAUGAUGAGGAAUCAUUGUGCGGUAUCUUCACCGCAAAGGAUUUAGCUUUUAGGGUUGUCGCUGAAAGCAUCGAUACCCGCCAUACCCCUGUAUCAGAGAUUAUGACUCCAAACCCAAUGGUCACUCGCGAUUCUGCAAGCGCAACCGAAGCACUCGAGCUCAUGGUUGCGCGCGCAUUCCGUCACUUACCAGUAUGUAAUGAUGAUGGUGACGUUGUUGGCCUUUUGGAUAUCACUCGUGUCUUUAACGAGGCGCUUGACAAAAUUGAACGUGGAUACGGUGCAUCACAGAAACUUUACAACGCGUUAGAGGGUGUUCAAAAUGAGUUGGGUGGUAACACCAACAGCCGUCAAGCUGCAGCUAUGAUGAACUACGUUGAUGCCCUUCGUGAAAGAAUGGCAUUGCCAGAUUUGCAAUCUGUUCUUGACGCACGCACUCACCCUGCCACUGUAUCAGUUCGUACCACUGUUAGAGAAGCCGCUCGCAUUAUGAAGCAGUACCGUACAACGGCUGUUUGUGUUAUGGAUAACCCAAUCAGUGCAGGUACAGGUGGUCAUUUGAACUCACAGAAUCAACCAAGAAUCGCUGGUAUUUUCACCUCAAAGGAUGUUGUAUUGAGAGUUAUCGCCGCAGGUUUACAACCAGACAGAUGCAGCGUCGUUAGAGUAAUGACACCCCAUCCAGAUAGAGCUCCACCUUCUAUGACAAUCCAAGAAGCUUUAAGAAAGAUGUACACAGGUCACUACUUGAAUAUGCCUGUUGUUGAAGAUGACGGCAAACUUAUUGCUAUCGUCGAUGUUUUGAAGCUCACUUAUGCUAUUCUGGAGCAAAUUAACUCUAUGUCUCAAGAACAACAAAAUGAAACUGGUGAAGAAGCUUCUGGACCAAUGUGGGGCAAAUUCUUCGGUACAUUGGCAGCAGCACCUGACGAUAAUGAUUCCGUUGUUUCUGGAUCGAGAGACGUAGCAUCACCACAAGGUGGAAGAAAUGACAGCGAGUUACAUCCAAAUGACUCAGCAUCAGUUGUUGAUCACAGUGUUGAUCAUGAUGCUUCUCAAAUCGGUAUUGAUCAUGCUUCAUCUGGAGUUUUAGAAUCAGAAGCUGCGAAUGGCGUCGUUGAUGAGCACAUCGCUGUUUUCAAAUUUGUUAGUCCUUCUCAAAGAAUCCACAGAUUUGAGUCACCUACUUUGUCAUUGGAACACUUGCGUGAUAUCGUCGCUGGAAAGCUCUCCACUGAUCCAUUCUUUACUCAACACACUGAAAAGGCACCUGUAGAAGAUGAGAACCCGGCACCUGCACCAGAUCCAUAUGACUUCUCAUUGCUCUAUGAGGAUGAUGACGGUGACCACGUCGUUAUGAGCGCAGACUCUGACGUCAAGGAUGCUGUCUUUGUUGCUCAAAAGAAACGUCAAACACGUGUCCUCCUUAUAGUUAAUGGCGGUAAAGGUUGGGAGACUGUCGACGUUGUCAAACCAGCCGACGAUAAGCCAGCAGUCGUAAUUAAAGAGGAAAAUAUCCAUCAAUCAGAAGCCGUUGAAGAAGUUGAAACUCUCGAAAAGAAGAUUGAGAAAGAGACCAACCAACAGUUGCCUCAUGAAGCUCACACUAGUCUUCCAUCAAACAAGUCAACUGGUCCAGCUGACGGUGAGGUAUUUGGUAUUCCAAGAGAUUUGGUUUUACCUGCAGCUAUUGCAUUUGCUGGUUCAGCUGUUCUCAUUGCUUUCAUUGGCUCUAAAUUCGCCUCAAAGUGA